AUGCUGCAAAUCCUUCUCUUCUUCAUCGCAAAGAAACAGAAGCAGCAGAUCCUUUCUGUUCUUAUGGAGAGGACAGGAAAAAUCAUUAGAAGAUCAAUCUUUACCUUACUGAAAGAUUUUCACUACUACACCACCAACCCAGUAAUCAUUUUGCUUCCCUUCUCAGCUUCAGCUCUGCUCUUUCAAUCUGGUUCACGAACCAAAUCAAUUUCUCUUGUUACCAGAAUUUCUUUUCUUGAUCUGAAUCUUUGUCGAUUGAUAUUAAGCUAUGUUUUCAGUCUCCCUUUUGCAGUAUCCUCUCUUAUGAUGGCAAAAGCAUCCAUAAUCCAAUAUUUACAUCGCCAUGAUCACCGUAAACCUACUAUUUCAUCCAUUUACAAGCCUCUUGUUUUAACAUACCUUUGCAAUACAGUUCUUACCAUAAUCAUCAGCAUAGCAACCUUCCUUCUUCUUGCUGUUGCUUCGAAUUUUGUAGAAAAACUAUUUGGGUUAUCAUCAAAAAGCCCUCUCUUUGUGCUGGCAGCUGGAGUUGUCUUCUAUAUGAUUUCAACCAAUAUCAUGAUCAUAGGCAACUUAGCUUUGGUUGUGGCAGGGAUGUAUGAGUGCACUGGCUACAAGGCUAUCCUCAGGGCGUGUUUGGUAAAGAAGUGCACAAAUUCAAUGGCCUUAUUGUUGGCUCUUCCCGUCAAUCUGGGUCUUGCUUCUAUUCAUUCUUUGUUUCAAUACAGGGUUGCAAGGGCUUAUCAUCUCUCGCAAAGGGCUAAUGUGUCCAUGAUUGUGGAGGGGUGGUUAAUUUCCAAUAUGUUUUCCCUCCUUAUAGUACUCGACACAAUUGCUUGUUGCUUGAUUAUCAAGAGUUAUGUAUCAGAUCAUUUUGGGCGAGAACAAGAAGAAAUAUGCCAUAAUCAAAUUGAGCUUGUCAAAGAGGAUAACAGAAUUUCUGCCAGUUUACAUAGUUUAGAUGAGCUUCCUUGA